AACUUGUCUUUCUCUGACUUCUGCUUUUCCUCUGUCACAAUGCCUAAAUUGUUGCAGAACAUGCAGACCCAAGUGCCUUCCAUCCCCUAUGGGGUAUGUAAAGUUUCACUGAUGCUUUUCCUUAUUGCGUUUGGGGAUCUUGAGAGCUUCCUCCUUGUGGCCAUGGCCUAUGACCGCUAUGUGGCCAUCUGCUUCCCUCUACACUACACCAGCAUCAUGAGCCCCAAGCUCUGUGCCUCUCUAGUGCUUCUGUCCUGGGUGCUGACCACAUUCCAUGCUAUGCUGCACACCCUGCUCAUGGCCAGAUUGUCUUUCUGUGAGGACAAUGUGAUCCCCCACUUUUUCUGUGACAUGUCUGUUCUGCUGAAGCUGGCUUGCUCUGACACCCACAUGAACGAGUUGGUGAUAUUCAUCACAGGAGGCAUCAUUCUUGUGAUCCCAUUUGUGCUCAUUAUUGUGUCCUAUGCACGGAUCGUGUCCUCCAUUCUCAAAGUUCCUUCUGUUCGGGGAAUCCGUAAAGCCUUCUCCACCUGUGGCUCCCACCUGUCUGUGGUGUCACUGUUUUAUGGGACAGUCAUUGGUCUCUACUUGUGUCCAUCAGCUAAUAAUUCAGCUGUGAAGGAGACUGUCAUGGGCAUGAUGUACACAGUGGUGACUCCCAUGCUGAACCCCUUCAUCUACAGCCUGAGGAACAGAGACAUGAAGGGAGCUCUAGUGAGAGUCCUUUCUAAGAAGAUCAAUGGCAAUAGCAACUAUGGAAAUUACACAAACUCAUGGAGAGUAAACAGCAUACCUUUGAAUGAUAAAUGGGCCACUUAA